UCUCUAUCGAAGGAAAUCCACCCAUUCGACCCCUACAGGAGAAUACUAUUUCAGUCUGUCAACCAUCUUCUGUGGAUUUUCGUCGGUCAAUCAAACCAGUAAGAUGAUGUCAUGCGGGGAGAAGAGAAGGGGGAAGGAUCAGCCCGCAGCAUCACUAGUACUUAGUACUCAACUGCACUUUCCAACUGAACUCGGCUCUACAAGCAGAUCACCAAUGACUGUUUCCAUCGCAGUCCAUGUGGUUGAAUCUCCCCCACAAUUUGCUAAUCUGCUGACAAAUCCAUUGCGAAUAUCCCUAUUAACCAGCUAACUAUACAGCUACAUCUUCCUUCACGAUUCAUCUUCCUCUACCUAAUCCAAUACAAGAUCAAACUAGAGAGGAAAAAUUUACAAAAUGACCAACUUCAACAUCCAAAUCAUCUCCGACACCGUCUGCCCGUGGUGCUACGUCGGCUACCGCCGCCUCACACGCGCCAUCACAACCCACAAAGCCACCCACCCGGCAGACACAUUCACCCUAACCUGGCACGCCUUCUACCUGAACCCGAACUCUCCGAAAUUCCCCGGUCUGGACAAGACCGAAUACUACAAGUCGAAGUUCGGCGCUGACCGCGCACUUGCCAUCUUCGAUCGACUGGGUGCCGUGGGCCAGAGCGAAGGAAUCAAGUUCAGUUUUGGUGGGAGGACGGGGAAUACGCGGGACUCGCAUCGGUUGAUGUGGUAUGCGGGGCAGAAGGAGAAGGAGAAGGAGAAGCAUGUAGAAGAGAAGAAAGAGGAGAAUGUGAUUGGGGGGUUGCAGACGAGGGUGGCGGAGGAGUUGUUCCGGGCGUAUUUUGAAGAGGAGAAGAAUGUGACGGAUCGAGAGGUGUUGGUGCAGGCGGGGGUUGGGGCAGGAUUGGAGAGAAGUGAGGUUGAGAGGUUGUUGGAUGGGGAGGAGGGAGGGAAGGAGGUUGAUUUGGAGGCGGAGAAGGCGAGAAGGCAGUUGGUGACGGGCGUGCCGUACUAUAUGGUUCAGGGACAGUAUGCUGUAGAGGGGGCGGAUGAGCCCGAGACCUUUUUGGAGGUGUUUGAGCAGGUGAAGAAGAGUACUUGAAAAAACUGGGGUUACGAUGUUUAAAUGGGUAUAUAAAGCAAAUCUACAGGUACUGUUGAUCCCAUGCAAAUUACAUUGCUCUAUGGAGGCAGCAAAUAUGUAACACAAGCAGAGAGAAGUGUAAC